AUGCUAGACGGUACGAUCAAGUUGGAGGUCAAGUUGACCGGAUUUCUUAACACCCACGUCUUGUCUGACAACGAGGAGGCUGGUCCAUGGGUUACCUGUGUCUAUCCUGAUGUGUUAGCCCACAACCACCGUCCGUACUUGGGUAAACCGGCUUCUUACAAGUUGAUUUUCUCUCAGUGUCCACCGCUUUUGGCAAAGCCAGUCUCGCUUGUGGAUAAGAGAGCCUCAUGGGCCUCUACUCCGGUCCAGGUUGUUCCAUACAGGGAAGAUAGAUUGUAUCCUUCCGGUGUGCACGUUCCACAAUAUUCCGGUGAUGGGGUCAGAGGGAUGCACGAGGGGACAGCUGAUAGCAAUGCCAACAUCCAGAACACUGAUGUUUUUUACUUCCCAUUGAUUCCUGUUGAGCCAAUUUCCUUGUUGUUGAAACCGAAACAUUUCUUUACCGAGAACCCGGCUUUGGAUAUCGUGCCUUCCUACGCUUGCACCACUGGUGAAGCCAAAGCGGCCGCUGCCAACGGUGGGAUUGUGGUAAAGUCCAGAACCGGUACCACGUUCACUUUAACAUUCGAAAGGAUCUAUGGGUUUAUCGGCGAGUGCUGCAAGUAG